AUGUUGCAUGCCUUGUCCACUGCUGCCCUGGAACGCGCGCAAACACGAGACUCGCGAGAGGGUGGCUGUGGCUUAGAAUUUGGAGCGACAAGCCAUACGGCCACGCAGAGCUUGAGCGAUUUGACGGAUUCCGAUUCUGAAGAGGAGGAAGAGAUCACAUGCUGCUUUCGCCUGGGCCUUUGCAUCGGGUACGUGAUCCCCUCCUGGGGGCAUCUCAGUAUUGCCAAUGUGGGUCGGUCUUGGGCAGCCGGGGCAUUCGCACUUUGGCACUGCUAUGUUUUUUUGUCGUCUGCUGUCUUGAUAUAUGUCAACUGCACUGCUGCAUUAUUGAGAUGCUACAUCCAGUGGUUCUCGCAAGUUAGCAUGGCCUACGGAUUUGAGGGCAUUUGUUGCUUUGUCUCCACAACCACCGUUCUGGGCUUCCUUGGCGUUGCACUGAGAAGCUACUUGUUAAUUUCUACCACCAGUGACCUGCUCCGCUUUGCCUACUUGCUGUGCAAGGACGCAUGGAGACCUGAUGCCUUCGAAGCCUAUCGGAGGCUUUUGGUAGGCGAUGCCUGGAGAGAAUUGGAGGCUGGAGAAUUCUACACCCAUAGCUGGUCUGUUAGCCUGGGCCGCUGGCAGCGCACAUUUGAUGUGAUCUUCCAAUGCCUUCUGCAUUUUUCCUUGGAUAUAGUGCCCAUUUGCACUCUGGUUGGUUGCAUCUUCAUGACCCACCUGAGCGAGAUCUCCUUCUGUGAGCUUUGCUUCUUCAUCGGACUUUUCCACAUUCUGGCUUUUUACUUUCUUUGGCUCGUAGGCGAAGUCUCCCUCAAGGUCUUCAAUCUCCGCCAUGCCUGGCAGGUGGCUCGUGGCAGGGGCACUCGACAUUCACGGCCAAUUGUGGAUACCUGGGACAUUUGGGUGUCACCAAGCGACCUGCCUAUUGAAGCCCCCUUCCCGACUUUCCCGACUGAGAAGCGAUCGAUUUGCGUUUUUUGCGGCACCAUCUUUCACUGGCUGGAGUACCUUAUGCCAUCAGUUCUGGGUUUGGUGACCUUCAUUGUAGGCUUGAUUGUGCAUCAUCUCCAUCUUGCAAUUCUAGGUGCAGGGUUUGGAUUGGCCGCCUUCAUCAUGUUGCUGGUCUCCUUGCAGAAGCCUACGGAACUUAGCGAGUCUGAAGCUACGGAUUUUGAAGAGCAGAAGCUGUGCAGACGGCCCGUUGUGCCAGCCUUCAUCUACCGUGUCCUGCUCUAUCCGGAUGCCUUACAGUACUGGGGUGAGCGGUGGUGUCGCUUAAGUUUCCUUCAGCAGAAGAGACAGCGGUUUUUCUUUACCCUGACGCUCACUCUGUCAUCAAUUGUUUUCGCAGCUUUUAGAUUUACUGGCCUCUCAGUGGCCUGCGUGUUUGUAGUGCUGAUCAAUUUUCUUCGGCUGCUCUGGAUGCGGGUCGAGGGGCCAAUUGGUUGGCUUUGGGCAAUUUUGGAAGCCGUGGUGGAGUUCAUUGUGUUGAGCUACGUCAUCAUAGCGACCGCCCGAAACAAGUUUCAAGACGCAGCGAUUGUUUUGCUCUUGUCGCUGAUGCGUCAGUUUGGCUUUCAACGAGAGAUCUGCGCAGGCGAGCGGGUGCGACUCGCUACUAUGAUGGUCUUGGGAAUCACCAACGUGCUCUUUCUCAUUCUGGUGUGCUUUGCCGUGACAAGCUUUUGGGAGGAUGAGGAUUGGAGUGCUUUUGGCCAUGCCAUGAACGAGACCAAGUUUUAUGCAAUUCCCACUUAUUCUUCCAAUCAGUCUUACACUCCUCUACCUCUUUGUCGGCUCCGCUUCCCGAUUGGCACCGAGCUUGAAACACCAGAGCAAAGUUCUCUGAGCUUGGCUGAUUUUGGUUUGAUGGCUUCGCUGACCUACGAGCCGUCCUCUCGGGUUCGAGAGGGAUUGAGGCACUACUUUCCAAAAUGGCGUUUAGAGACAAAACCAGAGAGUGCGAGGUACAUCGACUGGGUCCGUUUCUUGAUGCUUACCUCUGAAGACAACAGCACUACGGUGAUCGCUGUGCGCGGCACGUUGGACUUCUUGGAUGCACUGCAAGAUGUGUCUUUGUGGCUGGUCCCCGCCCUUAUGCAGACCCUCGACUUUGUCGGCCCAGACAUCUCAUCUGGAGCUUGGGGAGAGAGCGUCGCAGAGCUCUCCACCCUUGUUCCAUUGUCAAUGAUCUCGGCUGAGAGGUCAUUCUCCUCAGUACUGGCAGCAACUGAGUUCAUGAUGAAAGCAUUUCCAGAAAGACUUUUUUAUAUUACUGGGCACUCAUUGGGUGGUGGUGUGGCGAAAUUGGUUUCGCUGAAGCUGAGUGCCACCGAAACAACCACCAUUGCCUUCUCAGCCCCCGGCAUUCGCCAUGCUGCACGGGUCCUCUUCGGGGAGUGGGCGCCACAGCCCAAGGCUUUGGACCGUGGCAACUCGCACGGCUUUGCGCGGAGGCUUUUUCGACUCUUGACGAGAGACCUCCAUAAGAAGCUCAAUCAGGACUCCCUGUCGACCAUCACAGUCAAGCCGGAGCAUGACAUCAUCUCUCGCAUUGAUUUGGACCGUGGCAAUGCCAUAGUGACACCCUGUGAUGAAAGAGCCUACCGCUGUCACAGCGCGAUGUUGCGAUCCUUGUCCCAUGCCGCUAUCGAGCACGCGCACACGAGAGAUUCUGCCUGGACAGACCCCCAUACUGGCAUCUCCGGCAUCUCAAGCUUGGCCGAUGAGAUCGACGAGUUUGAUGAAUCGGAUGCAGAGGAAGAGAAGAUGACCUGCUGCUUCCGCAUAGGCCUGUGUAUCGGCUACAUGAUCCCGACCUGGGGACAUCUCAGUAUAGCCAACGUGGGCCGAUCGUGGGCAGCAGGGGCAUGUGCACUUUGGCAUUGCUACAUGUUUUUCUCAGCUGCUUUGCUCAUCUUCUACAACUGCGCUGCCACUUUCUUGCGGUGCUACAUCCAGUGGUUUUCAGGCAUCAGCCUUCAUUUGAUGUCCUGGCGGAUUUGCUGCCACUUCGUCUAUGAGACAUUCCUGCACUUCUUUGGAACCCUCGUGAGGUGCUACAUUGUCCUGACUGUUGGGAGCGAUGUGCUCCGCUUUGCCUACUUGCUGUGCAAGGACGCAUGGAGACCUGAUGCCUUCGAAGCCUAUCGGAGGCUUUUGGUAGGCGAUGCCUGGAGAGAAUUGGAGGCUGGAGAAUUCUACACCCAUAGCUGGUCUGUUAGCCUGGGCCGCUGGCAGCGCACAUUUGAUGUGAUCUUCCAAUGCCUUCUGCAUUUUUCCUUGGAUAUAGCACCGCUUUGCUUACUGGUUGCAUGCAUGCUUAGCAAUGAUAUCACCCGAGUUUUCGUUUGCAAAGUAUGUUUGGCCAUUGGUGGCUUUCACGUCCUUGUCUUCUACUUUCUUUGGCUUGGCGGCGAAGUCUAUCUCAAAGUCAUGAGCUUUGCGCGUGCCUGGAAGAUGGCUCGUGGGGGUACUCGUCCACCACGGAUCGCGAUGCCCAUGAUGCCGGACACGGGGAGCCUGUGGAUGACGCCGGAGGGCAUGCAAUUUGCCUCCACCGAGAAACGAUCUUCAGCUUUUCACAACAAGUUUUCGUUUGUUUGGGAGACUAGAAUGCCAAAGGGUGCCCAAGAUGUUUUUCCAGCAUCCAAGAAGCAGGAUCGAUCUGCGAAUCCAAACAAUGAUGAGGAAGAGCAGGCCUGCAAGGAUCGUGUGCCGGCAUUCGUGCUUCGAGCCUUCACUUACCCAGAGGCUCUGCAAGAUUGGGGAGAGAAGUGGUGCCGCCUGGGUUACACCGCACAAAAGCGACAGCGCUACUCCUUUUUGAUUAUGCUGGCCGUGUCUGGGACCGUUUUUGGGGCAUUUAGAUUUGCUUUUCUCUCACUGGCUUGCUUGUUCCUGGUCCUUGUGGCGUUCUUUCGGCUGCUUUGGAUGCGGGUGGAAGGCCCUGCUGGUUGGCUGUGGGCUUUUCUGGAAGCUUUUGUGGAGUUCAUACUUCUGAACUAUGUGAUCAUAGCUACCGCCAAAGACAAAUUUCAAGAUGCAGCAGUCAUUUUCCUUCUGUCGCUGAUGCGCCAAUUCGGCUUUCAAAGGGAGGUGGUUGGAGGCGAGCGAGUACGAAUUGCCGCCAUGAAUGUCCUUGGAAUCAUUCAUUUUCUCUUGGUGAUUCUUGUGUGCUUUGCCUUGGAAAGUUUCUGGGAAGAUUAUGAUUGGAGUGCUUUCGCACCGGUCAUGAGCGAAACCAAGUACUAUCCGAUUUCCCGAUACCCUUUGGAGUCUAAAACUCCGUUGCCUCUUUGCCUGCUGCGCUUUCCCAUGGGCACCAGCAAGCUGGGAGCUCCAGAAUCUACUCCACUGAGCCUUGGCGAUUUCGGUUUAAUGGCCUCGCUCACCUAUGAAACGAGUAGCCGCGCUCAACAGGCCCUAGAGCACUACUUCGCUGUCUCAGAAUGGCGGAUCGAAAGGAGGCCAGAGACCGACAUGGACUGGGUCCGAUUCCUGAUGUUCACAUCGUCUGACAAUAGUACAACUGUGAUCACCGUGCGUGGUACGAUGGACUUCUUGGAUGUUUUGCAGGAUGUAGCUUUGUGGUUGGUUCCUGCUCUCAUGCAAGCCAUGAACUUUGUCGGUCCUGAUGUGUCCUCUGGAGCAUGGGGUCAGGCCAUAUCAUCACUUUCUCGCCUCAUUCCUUUAUCGACUGUGAACACAGAGAGGUCGUUCUCGUCCGUGCUUGCUGCAACAGAGUUUAUGAUCAAAUCACACCCGGAGCGGCUUUUCUACUUGGCGGGGCACUCAUUGGGAGGUGGUGUGGCAAAAUUGGUGGCCCUGAAACUCAGUGCUGCAGGCUUGCAGAAAGGCAUCCUUCUUUGA